CCACACAGUAGUUUACACACCCUGAUUUACAAACACAUCUUUCUCAAUACUGGAGAUGCCCAUGAUGCAAACACAGGAAUUUUUACAGCACCCACGAAGGGAGUGUAUGCAUUCAGGGUUUUCUCAAAGGCCAACGGAAGUCAAGAUAAAGCAGUUGUCGCAGGCCUAUUUAGAAACGGCCAGCAUGAAAUUUCAACAUAUGCACGGCAAAACGGUGGUUUUAUCGGCUCUUCAAAUGGAGUUUCUUUGUUGCUGGAAAAGGGAGAUCAAAUCUAUGUAAAUCUCUACCCUGGAUAUUGGAUUUUUGACAAUGAACACCAUCACAGCACCUUUAGUGGACAUCUGCUUUUCCCCAUGUGAACAGAAAAUACACAAGGUUUACUCAUUAGCAUCUUUGUAUAUCACGAGUGUAAUUAUACAAAAUGUCCACAUUAUUGUUUUUUUCUGUCUGUAAGACUGUGUAAAUGAAUUUGAUAAGUAAUGCAUUUUACGUGAAUUUGAUAUAUAACAUACUAACUAACUUCAGUUCACCUACAUUUACGGCAUCUACAGUAUGAGGCAAGUAUAUGGCUAAGUUAUACAAGGUCUUUCUCGAAAACCUUUGGAAAUCAAAAUAGGUCUAUAUGAUAUUGGUGUAUGAUUUUAUUUUUCACAUUAAAAACCUUAUAGUGUACACUAAAAACUUUUUUUUUUUUAGCAUUGUGGUAGAUUUUUUUGCAAUGUUACAUAUUUAACACGUUUGUCAAUGUGCCAGAUGUAACCAUAAAAGCAUUUGACCAAAAUAGUUAGCAUACUGUGUCAC